AUGAACGACAACCGACGGGAAGGAGCCGUUAGUAACUGGAUUCUUCGCGAUGUCAAACGUACUGCAAGGAAACCACUCGGAGUUCUGCACGAAAACCCUAGAAGAGAGGGUCAACGACAGGUGAUGCAGCUGGUACAGGUUACGCACUUUAUUGAAUCAGAAAGUAACAACAACAUUCCUUUUAAGUCAGGAUGGCGUGAACAUAAUUUGUGAAAAAGUUUCACUGGGUUAUUCUUAGCGGUUUUCCAAAAUGUUUGUGAUCCUGAAAAGGAUAUGACACUUCACGACAAGUUCAGCUUUUACGGAGGCAAGUCUUUGUAG